AUGGAACGCACCCCCUCGCCGCCCCGUCGCCUGCACACUCCGCCUGCACCGCACCAUGGAGACAACUACGAGCCGUUUUCACCGCGUCGGUCCAGCAGAGUCGCCGCUCGACGCGACAUUCACAUUCACCACGCGCAAUCAACCCCACGAGCUAGGCGCGACGUGACUCCCACAGCUGCGUCAAAGUCACCAGCUGCCCGCGCAAACGCCUUGGCUCUCUCACCUCCCUCUUCACCUCAGCAACUCCGCUCUCCACGCUCCACCCGCCGCGCACCCUUGGACUCUACUCUACACGACUCCGACUCCGACUGCGCUGCACCUUCUUCAAGCCGACGCCUCCUCUUCUCUGCAACAAUGGCACCAGGCAUGCUACCAACACCAGCCAAGACGCCCCGCAAGCGCCGCAUCGACGACGUGAGUUCAACUGCGCGGGUCUUGUUCCCUACCAACCGACCUUCUACCAUUGACGAGGCCAUGCCAACUCCCCGCAAAUCGCGCAAGACUAAGGAUCUCUACACCCUUGAAAGUUUCGCAAAGCACAUGGACGAGACCACGGAAAAAAUCCCCAUCUACACGGAUUCCAAGGAGCGCAUUCCCACACCUGGAGCCCAAGAAGAGAACCCGUUCCUCACUACCAAGGGCAAGGGAAAAGCAAAGAGGGCUCCACAAAAAUCGAAGAAGACACUAGACAUCAAAUCGGCCAAGAUGGAGGAGGCAGUCGACCGUGACGAGGGUAUGGUUUACAUUUUCCGUGGCCGCAAGGUUUUCCGCAAGUUCCAUGACGAUGCCCCAUCUGGCGCCUCGGACGCCGAGCAAGAAGACGAACUAUCUACCGAUGACAGACGAGUUCGUCGCCAGAUUGGUCACGAGGCCCGUCGCCCGCUCACUCGGUCAUCUAUCAAGCCAAAACUCCUGUUCCAAGCCGAGAUCAAAGAGCGCAAUCGUGCGAACGGUAUUGAGGAUGAGGACGACGAAGAAGCGGCAACCGACAUUGAGCCGACGGUUGCUACGCCGAGCCGGAACAAGGGCAAGAACGUUGUUCAAGCCCCGUCUCUAGCCACCACACCGCCGCCUACUGUUCGCAAAUUCAAGAAGGAAAUCUCUUUCGACUCUUGGACGCGAGUCAAAUCAGCACACAGCUCCAGCAGUUCAGCCAAGUCAUCCAAGAAACGCAGUGGGGAGCCGCUUGAGCGCGAGGCCAGCGACAAGCGAGCUCGAAGUGAGCAUUCCACCUCUUUCCUGUCAAUCGACAAGGUCUAA